AUUUCUUAGCUCGCCCCGCUGUAGUCCCUUCCCUUUCUUCGCUUGCGGUCGUCUGAUGUGGCCCGCCUAAGACGGCUAGUAGGUCAUUCCCACCUGCUCAUCUACCUCUUCCGAGACGACUCCCUCUGGAAAACAAAGUACGCGCAAUACUACCUACAACAACAUGUCUUUUACUAAAGACAUUGCGAAAACACUUCCCAAGAAGGCUCCCAACGCGGAACAUCAUCGCGCGACGCUAGACGGCUUGUCUCGCACCAAGUUCGCUAUUUUCCACACAGCUGCUUUGAACGUAUCGGCUCGCCAGCAGCUUGAAGAAAGCAUCAACACGGACGAAACUAGUACAGGGAGUUCUAAACUUGCCCCUCAGCCAGACUUCAGUGGUCGCUCUUUACGAGACGUGUAUGACUAUUUCAUCCACCUGCGCGAUCAAGACGACACCAUCCAUCCACUAUACUUCAUAGUAGCCGACCAAGAAGAUUUUAGCCGUAACGGGGUGGUGGUCGUUCUGCUCAACUCCAGCCAAGACGAGGAAGACAUUGUGGGUGUUGGGCGCUGCAGCAGUGUCGAGGCGGACUCAUGGGGUGCAAACAUCGAUAUUGGUAAUCAAGAUUGGCUCGACUUGAAAGAAAAAGAAGCUGUAGAAUGGGGCGGGGAUGAUCCGUACGGGAAUGACGACGAUAAUGACGGUGAUAAACCAGGUGUCGGCGCAACAACCUCCCAAGGCACAACAGUGCAGAGCCCAACGACUCUGACUGAGCCACGCAAGAAAGUGUACGGGUGGUAUAGCUUGGUCGAAAGAGCUGUACCGAUCAACUCCAUGCUCGAGCCGUCAUGGCUUGAUAUGAGAUCAGGAGAUUCUCGAUUCCAGAUGCUCGGCAACUUCUAUUCUUCAAACAACCCUUGGGAUGAGAUACGUGUAGCGCAUCCACAGCAGUGUGUUUUCAGGCCUUCCGUCCAUCGAACUCUCAUCCUUGUUGCAGAGCACGAUGACGCUAACGGCCCCGAGGGUAUGACCCUCGCUCGUUUGAAGUGGGAUGGCAAUAUUGAGGCAGUGGAGAAUGCGAGCCCAUCACUCAUGCCGGAAAUUGAGAUAGUGGCCAAGGUGAGCGCGGGAACGGCUUUGGAGGAGGCCGAUCGAGCGGCGCAAUAACUUAGUGGUACUAUCAUGCGUGCAUGAACCAAACUCUCUGGACUAUGAGUCGCAUCCGGAGGACUUUAGACUUUCGUUGUACCAGUAAUUAUGUUUGCGCA